AUGCAGCUCGAUGUCGCUGGCCCUUUGCUUCGAUCCAAUGAUUUCGCUCACCUCCUUACCUGCGUCGAUCGGCACAUCCGUGCGGCUGGCGCCAUCUCAUCGCCAAAUGAUGAGGUGAACACCAUUUUCAAGGCCUCUCUCAAUUGUGAGAUUGCCGUUUUUGGUGUCUCAUCCACGGUUAAGUCUGAUCAAUGAGCCCAGUUCGAGUCUGCCCCUUUCCAAACCCUCCUCAACGUUCCUGGCUGCAAGAGCAUUCUGAAGACGGCUCACAAUCCAGCUGCCAACGUCAUAGUUGAGGUCUUCCACCGUCAGCCAAACACCGCCCUGCGUGCCACGGAGUACCCAUCCAACUGGUCUAAUAACCUGUUCACUGUACUCCUUGGCAAUCGUUCGGCACUGAAGUCGGAUCUAGAUUGUAGCAUCGUCGAAUUGGUGUUUAGCACUACUUUCGGACUGCCUGGCGAGAUGGUUACCCCAACCUCUCAUGGUGCUGACGAGAGCCUUGACAAUUUUGUUUAUCGUUCGUGGCAAUUCAUGCUCGCACUUUCCAAGUUCCGCCUCGAAGUCCACCGACUGAGUUUUUUGUUUAAAAGGCUUGGCCAACUGCACCCGAGUGUUUGUUCGGAGGGCUGGUGUCCAAAAGCCGCUGAAGUCACCCUACCAAGGACCGAUCCGCGUGCUCUCACUCAGUGCUAAAACCGGCCGCGCCCAUCGUGGUGACAAGGAGGACAUAGUCAGUGUCGAUCGGGUCAAGGCUGCUGUUGCAGAGGGGCCGUCGGACCUGGUCCAUGGACAACACUGCGCUAACCUCCUCUUCCCGUGA